CCGGUCAAGCGCUCUGUGGGACCGGUUGCGCUUCCGUCUGUGCGUCUGUUAAACACUUUACACUUGUCGAACUACAAAUAAACAACAUCGAUUUUACUUGUUUAUCGUUUUGGUUGCAUAAGGUGCUAAAACUGAUAAGAAACGUUGGAUAUUGAACGAAAACAGCUCGUCGAAGUCGGACGUUCAAAGAUGUCAGUUAGAGUGGAGAAGAUAACGGAGCAGCUGGUGCUGGGCGAGGGUCCGCACUGGGACGAUCGUCAGCAGGCGCUGUUCUUCGUCGACAUCCUGAACUGCUCCAUACACAAGUACCACCUCGCCACCAAGCAGCACACCAAGACCAAGCUUGAUGGUCGCGUCGGUUUCAUAGUGCCAGUGGAGGGAACAACGGACCAGUUCCUGGUGGGCUUGGAGAGGACCUUCGCCAUCGUGCAAUGGGACGGUGGAGAAGGAAGUCCAGCGACUGUGGUGCGAGAGUUGGGGACGGUUGAUGCAGACGUGGUGCCUCCUACCAGGAUCAACGAUGGCAAGGCUGAUCCAAGGGGGAGGGUUUUUGCAGGUACAAUGGGCCACGAAGAACCGCUAGGUAACAUAAGACCCGCUAGCGGCUCGCUGUACCGCCUCGACGCUGGCGGCGUGACCAAGCUGUGCGGAGACAUCGGCAUCUCCAACGGCCUGGCCUGGGACUUACAGCGCAAGGCCUUCUACUAUACCGACACCUUCGAGUUCAAUAUCAGGCGAUACGACUAUGACGUGGACACGGGGGAAAUAUCAAAUCCCAAACACAUUUUCGACUUCAAAAAGAACAACAUCGACGCGUAUCCAGACGGCAGCACUAUCGACACGGACGGAAAUCUGUGGAUCGCUCUGUUCAAAGGCGACGCCAUCAUCCAAAUCGAUCCGACCACAGGGAAACUGUUACAAAGAGUGAGCAUACCGGCGCAUCAAGUCACUUCUGUGACAUUUGGAGGCCCUAACUUUGACAUAAUGUUUGUGACUUCUGCUUCUAUGAAACUAUGGGAUGGGGAGGAACAGAAACCGCCCCGGGGAUGCACUUUUAUGGUGACAGGAUUGGGCGUUAAGGGGUUACCGAACAACAAUUUCAAGCUUCCGUAAUAUUCAGUUCAUAAAACUUUGCAUAAGAAUUUAAAAUCACAUUUGUAUUUUAAGGUUCUAUACAAAAUGUAUUAUAUUAUAAUAUUAUCUACCUAAUAAGACUGGUUUGGCAAUUAAUCAUACUUUAUAAUGACAUAAAAUUUAACCGCAUAGAUAUAGGCAAAUGUUUAUAUUUAUCUACAUAUCAUGUUUAAUAGAUGGAGCAUUUUUUCGUCUGUACAAACUAAGUAAUUUUAUGUAGGUAGGUAGGUAUGUAAUAAAUAAAUGUUAAUUUUUAUUUGUAUUUAAAUAAAAAGUUGUUUUAUA